AUGUCGUCGCAGCCGCAGCCUCCAUCGCGGACUAAUAGCGUUGGUCCGCCGAGCGCCGGGGGGAUGAACGCGCCGCCCGCGACGACUCCAGGCGCGCAGGGAGGACAGAACUCGCAGCAGAAUUUGAAUCAGAUUGUGAGUCGCCCUGCUUUAUUCUCCGUUUGCUGCUGCAUCGCCGCCGCUAGAACACUAUUUACCCCCGUUUGUCGUCCGAACGCGAUUCUUGGCUUUUUCACAUGCUUCCAACCUCCACCCGCACAUUCUAUCCACCUCACGCCACGUCCACCAUGGCGCCUCACCCGAAGCAAUCUCUUCCGUCUGUGCGGAUUGACGAGAUGUUUGAUGACCACCUGUUGUUAUACGACGAUCCGAAAGUGCGUCCAGGUACUUGAGAGUCGGCGCUCGCACGUUCACAUCAACCUCCGUCUAAAUAGCGUACAGCAUCACGACACGCCGUGGAGAACAGCGACAGGACUACGGCUAGCUUGCUGUGACACGACUUGCCCUAUCUUGCGCGCCCACUGAAGUCCGCGAAUAGAGAUACGUUCCAACGUGUCUGAAUGCUGCAUUUGGUUGGAGGACAUCAAGAUCAGCAUGGCUAACAGACCGCCUUGGCAGGUGCUGGAAUACCUCUCCAAGAAAGGCUACUCCCGCACGGAGGCUAUGCUGCGCAAGGAGUCUGCCCAUACCGAUCAAAAUGGCAACCCCAUCGCCACCACCAUCGAUGAACUCGGCGGCAAGAAAUACCUCAAGGCCUUCGAAGCCACCCUCAACUGGAUCGACAACCAGCUUGACAUCUACAAGCCCGAGCUGAAGCGCCUCCUCUGGCCCUUCUUUGUGUAUAGCUUCCUGGCCUGCAUCAACGACUUCUAUGCGCGCGACGGACAGGAGUUCUUCCAGAAAUUCAAGCACCACUUCGAGUCAGAACACCAUGACGAUGUUCGUGCCCUUUCUAACAUCUACGAGCCAGAGCAUGUGCAGGAAAACGAUAUCGCCCAGCUCUACCGUAACAACAAGUACCGACUAUCCCUCAGUAACAUGGCCUAUCAGACAUUGAUUCAAUUUUUGGAAGCCAAGGAGAAUGAUGGUGGCAAGAUCAUCACCGGCAUCAUAGGAGAGAAUAUGGACCUCCGCAGUGUUGACCGAGCCGCUGCUGGUGCAGAGCGUAGCCUUUCCAAACUUCUAUCUCAGCGCGACCAGAGUCAAGAUGCACCGGCAGAGGAUGAAGGCAUUCCGGGUCACAACGCGGGAUCGGCAAACCUGGACCCGAAAGCCCCGGCCGUGCUCUCCAAGCUGUCGCUCGGGCCGAUGCCGAUGGAAAAUGAGCUCAUGGAAGACGUGAAGGCCGAGCUGCAAGACCACGACUCGUCACAUCCCCCAGCCGUCGGACAGAACUCUCUCGUGGACGAAUUUGAACAGACCAUUAAGCGUGAGCCUGUCGACGACGUCGCUCCACGAGAAGCUCUCCCAUUUCCCCCUUCCACCGCACGAGAUGUCGCGAUGGAGGUGCAGAAAGUGAAAGAGAACAGAGAUCGGUUCAGAAUUGAAGGACGCACGGGUGGUGUUGGCCCUGGCGUCAGCGUCACCAUGUUCACAUUCCACAACACAUUCGACAGCAUCAAUUGCAUCGAGUUCUCCGGCGACAAUACUCUCGUCGCAGUUGGCACAGCAGAGUCCUACAUCCGUGUCUGGUCGCUGGACAACCGACCGCUCACAUCGCCUACCGACCCAAAGGAUGCGCAGCCGUCCUCCUCGCGGCGGCUGGUCGGUCACUCUGGUCCAGUUUACGCCCUCUCGUUCUCACCGUCCAUCGCCAUCCCGGAGACAGGCAACAGCGAUAACCUCUCCUCAGACUCACAUCCGCGAUACCUUCUUUCUUGCUCGGCAGACUCGACGAUCCGCCUCUGGUCACUAGAUACAUGGACGAAUCUGGUCAUCUACAGGUCGCACAAUAUGCCCGUCUGGGAUGUACGCUUCUGCCCACAAGGCCACUACUUCCUCUCCUGUUCAGCAGACCGAACCGCACGACUCUGGAGCACCCCGCAGAUCGCACCACUGCGUCUUUUCGUUGGCCACGACUCAGACGUCGAAGCGAUCGCAUGGCACCCCAACUGUGCCUACGUCUUCACCGGCUCUGGCGGCGGAGAUCGCACACUCCGCAUGUGGGACAUCCAGCGCGGACAGGCCGUCCGUCUCUUCACCGGCCACACGGGCAACAUCACCGCUCUCGCCUGCGCUCCGGAUGGCCAAGUCGUCGCCAGCGCCGACGACCGCGGCGAGAUUAUCCUCUGGAACCUCGCCACCGGUCGUCUCGUCAAGCGCAUGCGCGGCCACGGUCGCGGAGGAAUCUGGUCUCUAGACUGGAGCGUCGAAUCCACAGUCCUCAUCUCCGGCGGCGCAGAUGGUACCGUCCGCACCUGGGACGUCCAGCCGAACAAGGACAGCCAGGGCAAAGUCGUCGCGGAAGGUGGUGCGGGCGCGAAGAUUGAUGGCACGGCUACGACUGUCGGAGGCGCCGGUGCGGUCACGAAGGGCAAGACGAAGAAGGAUGUCGUCGUCUCGCCGGAUCAGAUUUCCGCUUUCCCGACCAAGAAGACACCGGUUUAUAGGGUGAAAUUCACGCAGAUGAAUCUGGUCGUUGCCGGGGGUGCGUAUUUGCCUAAUAAUUGA